UAAAAAGGCUGUCGAUAUUGCUGUCAAAUGCAACAACGAAAAGAAAAAAAAUAGAUCACAAUACUCCCAAUAAUAGAAUUGGGAUUUGUGGGAUAAACAUAAAAAAGGAACUCAAGCAAUAUUUUCAACAACGCAAAUACAAAAUGGACCGCAAUAAUGGACGAUUCCCCUAUAUGCGCCGUCAGGGCAGCGGCAAUGGACCACACAAUCAUCAUCACCACAACAACAAUGCCAACUCGUCGUCGUCGUCGACAACAGCAACAACAUCGUCAACAUCAUCAUCAACAUCUUCGGGAUCGGCAGCAGCAACAAAUACACAGUACUCCAAUAAUAGCAUUAAUAAUGCACCAACAAACAGUAAUGUGAUUUAUGCAGCGGCCUCGCAACAACAACAACAGCAGCAGCAGCAGGGUGUGACCAUUUCGCAGCAUGAUGAAUUAAUUCGUUACAUUCGCGAGGCUUGGAACAAAGUGCGCGAGCAGGACACAGAAGUUAUUGACUGCAAUGAAUCUGAUAAUCAAUUGAAAAAUUUCAAGCCAUUCGAUCUGGAACAGUAUUGGGGCCAGCGCCUGGUACAGAACAUACAUGUAACCACAACACAUCAGUAGGAGAAAUACAGAAUAACAGACACGAAACAAUUGCGACUAUGACGCAUAAAUAACGUUAGCAUAUAAAAUAAGUACACAUUUGUAAAAUGCUAUAUAAAAAUUGCAAAUGUUUUGACAAGAAUUAUGAGCAAAUGUUAUAUUUUGUAAACGGGAUGCUGUAUUCACAUUACUUGACAAUUUCCUUAUUAUUGUUCGAUGGAUUUCAUUUGCUUUCACAUAAUUCCCAUUUGCUUCAAGAGAAAAACUUCGUUGAACUACAAACAUAAUAAAGUGUGUAAAAAAUGUAUUGCAAACACUGCCAUUUGUGAAGCAAAUAAUAUAUUAAAAUAUUCUCGUUUUUGUUGUUUUCCCUCUUUAAACGGCAUCAUAUUAGAAUAAAAUGAACAUUUGUUUGUUUGAAGAGAUUGGUAAGAGGCAAAACAAUCCAGAAUUUCAUACAAAUCUGCGAAAUACAAUAUUAAUAAACAUAAUUGGUAAAGUCUAG